AUGAAUGAGGGCGAAUAAGACAAUUAGUAUUCUAAAAUAAGAGACGAGUUAUUUCUAUUACAAAGUAGGACAUAAAAGGAAACAUAAAAAAAGAAUUUAGAAAUCAAAUAAAAUUUAUAAAAGACACGUAAUUAUACAGAUGUUAUUUCUAUUAUGCAAGUAAACAAUGAAUAUCGCACAUUGAUAUAAAGGCAAAAGUUAUAAAAUUAUUUUCGCUAUACUACUUUCUUUCAAAAACUAUUAAAGAAAAAUUCACUUGAAAAGAUUUAAGGCUUAAUUGAGAAAUGUGCAGAUCGUGUAUAAUAUAGAUUUAUCAAUUAAGGUGAUAUUGUUUAUAAAUAUAUGGAGAAAGCUGACUCUGUUUAUUUUAUUAUUAGAGGUGAAGUAAGUGUUUUGAUCCCUAAAAAAUAUGAAUAAAUAGAAGAUGAGAAAUAGAAUAAGUUGUAACUUUAAAAAAACACUGUUUCUACUAACUAAAAUUAAAAGUAGUAAUAGUAUUAAUCGAGUUUCAGAAACAAUGAAUCAUAAAGCUAAAUAAGUGGCCUAAAUAUUAAUAUGAACUAAGCUUAUAAUGAUGAUUUUCGUAUUGCUUCUUUAGCAGAUAUUCCUCUGGAUAGCUCUUUUUAAAAAGAUCAUAAAAAAUAUUCUCAAAAUUAAAAUUCUAUUUAUCAUUUAUCGCCUAAACGCUCAGCCAAAUUAAAAAGAGGAGCACUUAUUUCAAGCUAAUAAUUCUUUUUUCAAGAAGGUAUGGAUGCUAGUCCUGUAAAAUCAAUUGAUAAUAUAAGAAGGUUAAAUAGCAUGUCUUUGAUUUAGGAAAUGGAAGUUAAUAAAACUAGAUCAUUUAAUAUGUCUCCUAAAAAAUAAAAUUCAAAUUGUAGUCAUAGCAUUGAUAGAAAUUAAUUUUCUUCAGCUGCUGCUAGAGCUUUAUUUAGUCCUGAAAAAUUAGAUGGUUCUUUAAACUAAAAAAAAGAUGAAAAUUUUGAUAUAGAUAUUCAAGGAUCAGAGAUAUUGUCUUCAGAAAAGCAACCUUUAUUAGAUAAUAAUAAUAAUGGUAUUCAAUAAUUUUAAUCAGAUACAGAAAAGAACUAAUAAAUCUUGCAAAUAAAAUUAUUUAAAUCAGACAGCAAUUAUAAAAACUUAGGUGGAAAUUAAUCUUAUUUUAACAAUUAAGAUUUUGGAUACGAUGGAGCUGAAAGAAUGAUUACAAGCUUUUCUCAAAUACCUCAUGAAAACAACGAUGUUAUAAGUGAAAAAAGUGAAAUAGAUUCAAUUAUUGGAGAAAAUAGGAACAAUUAAGAUUUAAGUGAUUUUAGAUUAGAACAAACAAAAAAGCUUUCAAACUUAGAGAAAGUUUUUAUGUCAGAGCCAGAAUUCUAGCUUUGCUUUGGAUCAUUAUAUCCUCAUGAAAUUAACAACUGUGCUCUUUAUUUUUUUGAUGGGAACACCUUUAAAUAUAACUUUGGAUAAAGGCUUAAAGAAAAUUAAAAUACAGAUACUAUUGAUUUAAUUUAAAAAUAGCCUAGAAGUACAACAUGUGUAGCUUUAACUCCUCUUCAGUUAGCUUAAUUAGACAAAAAUGAUUACAACGACAUUCUCAAAGACAUCGAAGAAAUAAAUUUAUGGAGAAAAAUUGAUCAAAUAUGUAAAUCGUUUGAUACAGAAAAGGUUCCAAAUCUUAGAAAAAUGAUUGCAGAUAUUUUUCCUUUUUUACAAAAAGUUGUUUUCUAAAAAGGAUAAUUGAUAUUCUAACAAGGAGAAUUCACUAGAGGUUGCUUUAUAAUAAAAAAGGGAGAAAUAGAGCUGACUAAAUGGUCUAUUAUAGAUCCUCCAGAAGAAUUCCAAAAAGAAAAUUAAUUUAGAAAUUGGUAGUCAUUUUGUUAUCCCUAAGAAAUUACAUUGUCACUAAUUACACCAGGAUAAUUUUUUGGUGAAGAAGAUAUGCUAAGAAAUAGAAGAUUUAGAUCUCUGAAUGCUAAAUGCAAGAGUUCUGAAUGCACUUUGUAUUUUAUAAGCAAAAUCCACUUUUUGAGGAUAUUGUAUGAAAGUAAUAUCUUAGUUGAUAUAUUUGUCAAUAGGUCAAAGCUGAAAGAUAAAUGGCAUAAAGAAAAAUAUGAGAAAAUUAUUCAAAUUUUAAAAGAUGACUACUCUAAGAGGCUAGGAAGAAACCUGUUUGAAGAAAAAAAGAAGGAAAUCUUAGGGAAAAAAAAGAGAGAAGAGAUAGAAAAAGAAAAAAAAGACUACAAUCAAAUGACUGGUAUGUUUAGAGAUACUUAUGAAAAAAUGACAUGGAAAAUGUCAGUAGCUGAUGAAUUGAAUUUUCCAUUUAAGUAACUUGAAAAUUAAGAAGCCUCAGAGAAAGAAAAAACUGUUUAAGAUAACAAAAAUAAUGAUAAUUAAAAUUAAAUAAGAUCAUAUAAAUAAUCAAGAUCUAAUUCUACUGACUCUGUGUUAAUAUCAGACAGUAAUAGCUAAAAGAAAAAGAUCAAAUAAUAUGGAAGAUUGAUCAUUUAAAAGGGAUCUAAACAGACAUUCUUAGAAGAGAAGAUGGCGAUCUUAGCAAAUUUACAAGAAAGAUAAAUGAGAUAACUUGCUAAAAAAAAAUAAAUUUUGCCUCAAAAAACAAUUGAGGAAGCUCUAAGUAAAACUAAUUUAGUUUAAAAAAGUUUAUAGAAUUCUCAUAAUUUAAAUACAAGUUCUACAAUUUAAAAUACUAAAAACAACUCAGAAAAGUAAAGCUCCUAAGAUCAAAAAUAAUUAAAAUAAACUACAUUUAUCAAUCACUUUUCUAAGUAAUACAUUUAAUGGAAAAAAAAAUCAAAUUCUGUUGAAAAAAUUUAAAAGUAAAACCAAAAUUUAUUGGAAAAAGAUUAAAAUGAAAAUCAAUAAAUAUUGAUAGAAAAUAAAGAUAAUUAAAAUGAAAUUCAUGAGAAUGCUUAAUAAUUAAAUCCAAAUUCUAACAAAGAUAAAAAAAUAUUAUCACCUGAUAAAAUAUAAAAACAAGAUUUUAAUUCGCUUCAAGCCUAAGCUUUUUUGAAUUAGUUCUAGUAGUAAAAAGGGAAUAAGACUAAUGAUCCUUAAGUUAAUGUAAAAGGUAAAUAAAUUCAUGAAGAUAAGUUGUUGGCUAAAAUAAAUUAAGAUUAAGAUGAUGAAACAGAAAUUUAAAAAUAAGAAACAUUUGAAAAAUAAUAGCAGCUUAUGGCUACUUUAACAUGCAAAAUACAAGGGUUUUAGGAAGAUUUACAAUUAAAAAUUAACAAAAUGAAUAAUAAAGACUAACUCUAAAUGUGUAAUGAUUUAGAAAAAAAAUUACCUGUUGACUUUAAAAUAAAAACAGCUAGAAGUCAAGCAGAAGCAAUAGCAAGUCAUUAUAUGAACAUUCUUAACGAAUAAGAGAAGGUGUAAAAGAAGAAGAAAAAUAAAAAAGUAAAAAGAAAUAAGCUGGAUAUUAUUGAAUAUAGAUUAAAGGGUUAAGUUUGGGCUGUUAUGCAAAUGAAAAGAGAAUUAGCCAAAUUUGAAAUAAAAAAGUAAUUAACACUAAAAAAUGAAAAAUCAAAGCAAGUCAUUCGCUCACUGUCUUCACCUCCAGUUUAGUAAGAAUAAAUCAGCAAUUAAUAAAUGUUAAAAACUAACACAUAAAUUAGAGAAUAAGACUCUAAAUUUCAUAAUAUUUUCGAAAAGAUAAAAAAUUAAAUUAUAUAAAUUCAGUAAGAUAAAUUCAAUCAAAAUAAUGUUUAUAUUCCUGCUUUUUCAGUUUUUCCUUAUACAAAUAAUGCUGAAUAUAUUUUAUCACACCCACUACUGAAUUCUUAAGCUGACAAAACAAGCAUAGCUUUCAAAAGUACAGAUCAUACUUAGCAAGUAAUUGGGAGAGAUUCACUUUAAAGAGAACAAAAAGUAAGAAGCUAAACAGAAGAAACACAUAGCAGAAAAAAGUAAAAUGACAACAAAAAAAACUUAGAUGAGUUAAUGAUAAAAGAAUGGAAUCAAGCCCUUUAAAUUGCCCAAUAAAAAUAAAAUAUAAUUAAUUAAGAAAAUAUUAAUGAUUUGUCUUUAAUAGAGUUUCAAUAACCAUCUUCUUUAAGCAAAUAAAAUUCUAUUCAAAAAGCGGAACCCAGGUUACAAUUAAGCAAAGAUAUUAUAAACGUUUCCAGUGAGGAAGAAGAUAACAUCAAAGAUUAACAAAAAAGUAAUCAUGAUAGAUAAAAUAAUUUAACAAAUGAAGAAUAGAAUUUUAAUUUAUUAAAUAGAACUUAUUAAAAUACUUUUAAGUCAGAACAAAAGAAUAAAUCAUUAGAAACUAACUAAAAGUAAAGAUAACCUAGUGACUGUUUUAGGAAAAAUUUAAUAUCAGAUUAAAAAUAAGGCUCGAAUAUAGUAAAUUAUCAUACUUCUUCUCUAAAUAGAAACAAAUCACAUAAAAGCUAUAACUAAGAGUAGCAAAAAUCUUAAAACAGUUCUUUGAUGAGCAAUGCUAAUUUUAGAAAAAGAAUAUUGAGUUAAUAGUUUACUUAAUAGGAGUAAUUAUAGCAGUAAUUUAAAAGCAUAGAAGAUAAUAUUAAAUAAAACUUUCAGUCAUCGAAUUCAUUUUAAAUACUAAAAAAUUUAUCAAACAAAGAUAUUUUAAAUAAUUAAGUUAAUGAAUAAACUGAAUAAGAAAAGAGAGUAGAUAUACACUAGAUAAAAAAUUUAAACAAUAUAGAAACAUAGAGCACAAUAAAACAGCUAGCAAUGAAUGGAAGUAGAAUUGUAAGAAGCAGUUCUUCAUCGUUAAAUAAUAAAAAUGGUAUUAGUAUUAGCAAGUCUAAUUUAAUAACAAAAAUUAAUAAUAAAAUAAACUAAAUUAAAUAAGAAGAAAGUUAUGCUAACUGCAUUAAUUUAACUAAUAGUUUUUUAACUGCAGAGCAAAACAACAAUAAUAGUAAUUCAUAGUAUCAAAUAACAAAUUACUUUUUAAAUAAAAACUCAAAUCUACAAAAUAUUUAAAAUCAAAAAUAAACAACAAAUAAAGGAGAUAAGAUUGAUGGAGUAAUGAAGGUUAUUAAUGAAAGCUAAUUAAAUUAUUUAAAAAAAAUGAACAUAUAAAACAAGCCAAAUAGUCUAGUUAUAACCAACCAUUAGGGAAAACCCAUUACAUAUAAAUUUAAAUGA